UGUGUGUGUGUGUGUGUGUGUGUGUGUGUGUGUGUGUGUGUGUGUGAUUGUGUGUGAGGGAGAGAGAUGGGGGUAGAGAGAGAGGGAGGGAGAGAAAGAGAGGGAGAGAGUAUAUUUUUGCGCAACUAUAUAAGAAAUAUCGCCCGCAAAACUGCAAACACUUUGCUCUUGGCAUUCAGCUAGUGAGGAUGUCACGACACCUGGCGGCGAAAUACCUUGCGAGUCAUCGCAAGCGGAAGCGUGAGGAGAGAGAGAAGGAGAACAGAGUGGUGGCGCCACUGAGGCAAGCUGAGGAGACGAUUGCUGAUCGUGAUGAGGAGGGAGAGCAGGAGAUGGAGAAGGAGGAGGGAGAGCAGGAGAUGGAGGAGGAAGAGGAGAUCAAGGCACCGAAACCGCGGAGGCCUGCCAAGACGAGCGCUGAGCGCGUCAGGGAAUUCCGCCAGCGGAAGAAACUGAAAGCGCAAGAGGAGGCCGAGCGAGGAGGUACAGUAGCGGCCGGUAACCCAGCAGCAACUGUGAAUUUGGAGCCGAUGCCCGGCCCGAGCACGGGGCCAGUACGGUUCUACCCACGACCUGACCCGGUACAGAUUCCGUCGGGUUCUGGAAGGGGCACGUUCCAGGCCGAUUCCGAGACAUUUCUUGGUGAGUUUUUAGCAAAAAGUGAUAAACUGCAGAACAAAGAUUUGCUUUAAUUUUAUUGUCUAUUCUUUUAAGACAAGAUAACGCCAAACUGUGAAACCAAGAUUUUUAACUUUCGCUAAAUUCAACAAAAUUUUACAACUUAGCAAUAUAAUGCUGAUCAUGUUUGAAAGUUUUCACAUUGCAUGCACAAUUUGUGUUCUUGAAAUGAAUUUUCUCUGUAUAAAGCGGAUAUUUUAACGUAUGAAUAUGAAUUUAGUUGGCAGAAUAAUUUAAUUUUGUUCUUAAAACAAACACAGUUAAUAUAGCCAAUAAAAAUAAUCUGUUUUAGAGUUUUAGCAUGAGAUAGGCAUUUGUUCUACGCACUGUCUAACUUUGAAUUUUGGGUUUAAUAUUAUACAAUCAAAAGCAACUAUUUAGAUCUUCCUGUAUCUUACAGGAAUCGUACCGACUCGUUCCGCUCUGAACGAGUCCUCUCAGGUAUCAGUACCCAAUAGUCAGGGUAAGUCUGGGUAACUUAGGGAGGUCUUUCAAUAUUAUCCCCAAUUGUUUAAUGUUUUGUAGAGACGGGUACGACUGCCACAGCUGGUGGCAAGCCAGAUUGCGCGAAGGCCGACAUUGCUUUUCACAAAAAGUUUACCGACAACAAACUGGGUGAUUAUUGCAAUGUUUGUGAACGCAUCUGGUUCAGCAAUGACUUGAGGUCCAUCACAAGCGAUGGCGGGAGAGUGUUGGUCGAGGCAGGCCACUUUGAGUCAGUCGCGGGAUUCAAGGUGUGCCAGACCUGCCACAACUCUCUGAGGAAUGGAAAAGUACCCACUUUGUCCACAUCGAACGGAUUUACCUACCCGGAGAAGCCAGCGAACCUUCCACCACUGGAUCCGAUCACCGAGCGGUUGAUUGCGCCAAGGCUGCCGUUCAUGCAAAUUCGUCGGCUCAGUCAUGCGCGAGGUGAAAAUUGUUUAUCAACUUUGAAUUUUGUAGUUGGUGACGUGCUUUGAAAUUUUAGGAAGCUACACAAUCAUCGGGCAGAUUAUAAAUGUCCCUGUUGAUGUCAACGAGAUGGUUCGGAUGCUUCCGCGUCAAUUGGAGGAUGAUUACGCCUUUAAUGUUUGCAUUAAAAAGCAAUUGAUCC